CAUUUUCUGUGUUCAAGCGAAUAAAUCACGUGCUUUGUAUCACGUGAAAUUGUUACAUCCGUCGUCACUCGCGAGGCGGGUACCAUCGGUGCGGGGGAGAGGUACAGAAAUACAUAUUUAUAAACCUCUGUGACAGCGGACCACGAACGGGAGCGUACAGAUGUGAGGGUUUCAUUUUAUUUCAAUUUUAUUUCAUUUCUUCUGUGUGUGACGAGAGAUCGGAUAGUCGGGACAGACAGUCGGUUUAUAAAAAAGAGAGGGGGAUCGGGAUUUAGAAAGACGUAUUUACGGAGCAAUUGUUAUGAUGGCGGUGGAGAUGCCGCUGAAGCAUGUUAGGCACAGCUAUCGAGAGGGGGAGGAGGUGACGGCGCUGAGUACUCUUGAUGUUUGGCUUCCUGGAACAAAUCAAGAUGGAAGCAGUCCUGAGGGAAUUUGGAUGGUUUUCAUCCACGGCGGCGCCUGGCGCGACCCCCUCAUAGACUCCACAAGCUUCAAACUCACCAUUGACAUCCUCUCCCAAAACGCUCCGCAAUCACAACCCCCCUCCCCAAUCGCCGGUUACGCAUCAAUCAACUACCGCCUCUCGCCCUACCCCUCCCACCCCACCUCCCCCAGCACCGCUGGGGACUCUAGCAGAGCUGCAAGACACCCCGAGCACCUGGACGACGUGACGGCGGCGCUGUUGUUGCUGGAGGAGAAGUAUAGGAUUGCAGGGAGGUAUCUGCUGGUGGGACAUAGCUGUGGGGCUACGCUUGCGUUCCAACUCCCCGAGACGAUGGAGGGGGGGGAGAAAUUGCCGCUGCCGUUGGGGAUGUUGGGGUCGGAGGGAAUUUAUGAUAUCCCAUCCCUAGUGGAACGGAAUAAGCACCCCUUCUACCGUGAAUUCGUCGUUGCGGCUUUUGGGGACAAGGAGGAGACGUGGAGCGCUGCGUCCCCGUCUAUUGCAUCUCCGGGGGUGAAACUCUGGGAGAAGACGGGGGUUCUGAUAAUCUCACACUCUGAUGACGACGAGUACGUUGAGAAAGAACAGAGUACGGAUAUGCUGGAGCAUAUCAAAGCGACGAAGAAGGACGGACAGGGACAGGCGGUGUAUCUCCCAGCGGACGGGAAGCAUGAUGAGAUCCAUGAGAAGGGGGUGGAGAUGGCGAGGAUCGUGGGGACGGGGUUGGAGAUGGUUUGGGUGGUUGGGUGGGGGGCGAGUUGGGAGGAUGUUAGGGGGGAAAGGAUGUAG